UUUAUACUGAGCUGGGAUGGGUAAGAACUACGACAAUUGGGAGAGGCUGGUGAAGGCCGUUUCCCGCAGGGAGGAGGACAAGCUAUUAGCCUUGACUCAUUCCGUCUCCACGUCACCAUCUUCAUCUUCCUCCCAACACAGUUCUUCCUUGAGUUUUCAGUUUGGCCAUCUUGAUCCUUGGCUAGUUAUUCCAGACACAAGUAGAUUACCGAUGGAAUAUUCUGAUUUAUCGGAUCGAAAUGACUGGAAGGUGAUGCUGCCACCUGGAAAACGGCAAGUAGUGUGGGAAUCAUCGAAUAUGAGCUUUUCUCUGGACAGAAGGACUGGAAAGAACUGUUUCCUGCUCGGAGCUAUGAACCUUUACAUGUCGUCAAGAGGCUUUGAUGGACGUGGGAAAUUCAAUGAGCAUCCACAAUCCAGAUUCUCAGAGGUGGUUGAGUUCGAAAAAUCACAGAGCAUCUACAUCGAAGGCAAAAUAGAGUCAAAAUUGUUGUCAUCGGAGAGUUGUUAUGCUGCAUACCUAGUAUUUGGAUUUGCGGAGAUGUAUGCAAACUUGAACUCAGCAGUAUCGAUAGUCAGAAACUUUUACAACGUACCAGGUAUUGGGUAUCCAGAGGAGCAAGCCAAGAUGGUGAAGUUUCAAGAAGGAAAUGAGAGAGAUGAUGGGUGGAUGGAAAUACAGCUUGGAGAAUUUUAUGUUGAUGCAGGAGAAAAUGGGCAGGUACAAGUGCAGUUGCUCGACACGAGUGGCUACAUCACGAGCGGCCUCAUCCUCGAAGGCAUUGAGUUUCGACCUUUCUAGUCAUCAAAUGCUGCAACUUGCUAAAAGAUACUGAAAUCAUAUAAUGUCUUAAAGCUCGUCUUCAAAUUGUGAAAUUAGUUAAUUACUCUCAUUCCAUUAAUCACUUGUUCGUCUUCACCUCUUUUAUCUUCGAAUUCGAAUUUGCUUCAUAAUAACUGGCAUUCGAAUUUGUUGUCUACUAUAAUAAACAUAAAUUUACUUUUUAGCAUAA